UCUCCGUCGUUGUCGUCCGUUUCUUCAGCAAACAGCGACAAUUCGACCAACGAACUCAUCAAGUCAUUGUCGUCUAAUAAACUUAGUGAUGGAAAGGAGGAAGAAGUUCCAGAAGAUAAAACUUUACCAUUACCCAAGCCAAAUGCCCAAGCCAAGAAACCUAUACGAUUCACAGUGAGGAAAGUGUCGCACGAACCUCCCAGCAUUAAGCUCCAGUCAAGAAGGCAGCGACGCCAGCAAGAGCAAAAGCAAUCCAAAACACGAGUUGUAGACCCUACGGGUGAAGAAGCAACCAGAGAAAGAGAGAAGUUGAAUAGAGCUCAGCACAAGUACGACCUGUACGAGAAUCGUAUACGCAAAAUCGACAAAGAAAUCGAGUUUUUAACCAAAUUGUUACCUCCCUACAAUGUAGAGAUCGACUACGCCACUCGAACCAAGAUCACUAAAGCAGUGGAGAAGUUGCGGAUGAAGCAGGAUGAAAUCGAGAAGAAGAAGUACAGUUUGGGAAUUACCAUCAGUCGAUUAUGGAGAGGUCACGAAGGAACCGAUAUCUGGGUGAGAAGUUUCAGCCAGUAG